AUGGAACGAUCAAGCGACUUCCUCACGCUCAACCCGGCAAGCGGCAACAUUCGUCCGGCAAACGACUUCCGACUUCCACGACGAGAAGGCGACAUGGCCUUUGUCGGUUGCCAUGGCCGCUCAAAGCUUUCGUCUUCACCCAGGCUGCCCAGGGUUUGCAUGGCACCUGCUCAGAACUCGGCACGGCAUAUCGAAAUCAGACUGUCCCGGGUACUCGAGAAGGAGCCAGCCGGCGGCGUGCUGGUUGUCGUUGCUCCUCUCUCUCUCCCAGCAUCUAGCCUCCUGUCUCUCUCCUGUCCCUCUCUCCUGUCCCUCUCUCCUCUCUCCUCUUUCUUCUCUCCUCUCUCCUCUCUCCUCUCUCUUCUCUCCUCUCUCCUCUCUUCUCUCUCCUCUCCCUUCUCUCUUCUCCCUUCUCUCCUCUUCACUGCUUUGCUUUGCUCUUUGUUGGUCACCUUUGCUCUCCUUUGCUCGCCUCUGCUCUCCUCUCAUUUCAUCUUCCUUCACGUUGCACAUGCAAGCAUCGAUUGA